ACGCAUAAAAAGUGAUCGACAACAACCCAGUUCUGCUAACAAACAAGCUGUGCUCUCAGGGAUCUGCGUCUAAAUACGCUGGUAAAAAAGAACAGGACGCGGUGAAGCGACGGCCAACUACGGAAUCCCUAACAUAACAUCGUUUUUUGCUGCUUUUACAGAACCAGGAUUUGGUUGAUAUUUUAACUGUGAUGGAGUUUCCAGAUUUAGGUGAACACUGCUCUGAGAAGACAUGCAAACGUUUAGACUUUCUUCCAAUGAAAUGUGAUGCCUGUCAAGAGAUUUUCUGCAAGGACCACAUCACCUAUGCAAAUCACCGAUGCACAUCAUCCUACAAGAAGGAUGUCCAGGUCCCAGUCUGUCCUUUGUGCAACACUCCCAUUCCCAUCAAGCGAGGCGAGAUGCCCGACAUUAAAGUCGGUGAACACAUUGACCGGGACUGCAAGUCGGACCCCGCACAAAGAAAGAGAAAAAUUUUCACAAAUAAAUGUUCACAAGGCGGCUGUAAGCAGAAGGAAAUGAUCCGUGUGACCUGUGACCAGUGCCAUCUAAAUUACUGUCUUAAACACCGGAACCCACUAGACCAUGAUUGUAAGACUGAUGACAAACCUCUGCCCAAACCUGGACAUGCUGCUGUAAUGAGAGCCCAAAGUGCUUCCUCCAACUCUGCCUCCAGCUCUAGUUAUGCUUCAGGAAACUCUCGGCCUGUUUUUAAUGGUGUAAGAGCAAACACUAGAGGCAACCACAGUGGGACUACACAGCAGAUUCCUGCUCCUGUUUCAGCACACAGUGUGAUACCACCUUCAGCUUCGUUUCAAGCCGGCAUGACGGAGGAACAGGCUUUACAAAGGGCUCUGGAGAUGUCGUUGGCUGAGACCAUGCCAGCAGUGCAGCCGACCCUCAGCCCUCAGGAGCAGGAGGAUCUGGCUCUCGCUCAGGCUCUCGCUGCCAGCGAAGAAGAAUUCAGACGCCAGCAGCAGAGACAACAGGUACCCGGAAAGCUUAGCUGUCACUAGCAUGCUAACAGGAACGCAUGAAGGGGAGAGAAUCCAAACAGUCCAACUGCAGCCUUUCUUAGUUAAAAUUCAAGCUGUGCUAUUUGUCUACUAGAAACUGCACAUUGUGUGACAUUAAUAUCCAGGAUCAGUGAUUGUUAUAUGAAGAAAUCUUUCUCAUGGAAGUCGCUCAAGAUGUUUUCCGCCUUCUACAAUACAAGCACAUACUGUAUUUUCCUCGCAGGUUCUUUUUAUUUUUAACAGUGAUUUUGCUCUGUAUAUAUAUAUUUUAUAUGCUAAUCAUAACAAAUCCAUUGUAUUACCACAUAUAAAUAUUGAAUAAAUUAUUUGAAAAGAU